AUGUCUUUCUUCGGCAUACUAACGGGUAUGCUUGCCGGUGCUGCUGGAAUAAUCAACACUUUAUCUCAGCAGGCAACUAAUGGCAAUUCUCUUUGGGGAACUCUUCAAGCCCCAACCUUUCCUCCUUUUCUCACGAACAAUCCUCUCCCAAAUGGAUUCCCCUGGGGAUCAUUGACUGCAGGCGGCAACAAUCCUUAUACCUCAUCUCCUUCUACGGGAGUUGUCCGGUCCUAUGAUUUCACCAUCACACGAGGGACAAUCGCUCCAGAUGGAUAUUCUAGGGAAGUUAUACUUAUCAAUGGCCAAUUUCCAGGGCCUGCCAUCGAGGCCAACUGGGGUGAUACCUUCAUGAUUAAGGUGCACAAUCAAAUCACUGGGCCCGAAGAAGGGACAUCAUUCCAUUGGCACGGCUUAUUACAGAAAGGAACUCAGUAUAUGGAUGGUGUACCUGCUGUGUCACAAUGCCCUAUUGCCCCAGGUGCUUCUUUCACAUAUACCUUCAAGGCCGAUCUUUACGGGACUUCCUGGUACCACUCGCAUUAUUCUGCUCAGUAUGCUGGUGGACUUGUAGGACCUAUGAUUAUCCAUGGGCCCAGAAACGCACCAUACGAUAUUGAUCUUGGACCAGUGUUUUUGACGGAUCAUUAUCACAAGGACUACUUUUCAAUAGUUCAAGAAGUUGUUGGUGGGGCUGGACUAUCGAAUCCUGUACCAUGUUCGGACAACAAUCUCAUCAACGGAAAGAUGACUUUCAACUGCUCUACCAAGGCUGCCGGUGAUAAUACUCAAUGUGCUGAUAAUGCUGGCAUCUCGCGGUUCAAGUUUACCACAGGAAAGACACAUAGAUUGAGAUUAAUUAAUGCUGGUGCCGAGGGUAUGCAACGGUUCAGUAUUGAUGGGCACAAGAUGGUUGUCAUUGCCAAUGACUUUGUCCCUGUUAAACCAUACACCACCAACGUUGUCACAUUGGCAGUGGGGCAAAGAGCUGAUGUCCUUGUUACCGCCAACGCCGGAAGCUCCGACUCGGCAUUUUGGAUGAGAUCAAAUAUCUCCACGAUCUGUUCGUUAACCAACCAACCAAAUGCCCUCGCAGCAAUCUACUACGACAGAGCAGACACAAGCAAAGCCCCCAAAAGCACAGCUUGGGACGCACCCGAUCCAGGAACGUGCACAAACGACGACCUCACUACCACCGAACCCUAUUAUUCCAUCUCAGCAGACACACCCGCCACGACCAAAAACCUCGACAUCAAUUUCUACGUCAACGAUACGGGAAGUUUCCUCUGGGAACUCGGCGGAACAUCGUUUCGCGCAAAUUACAAUGACCCCGUCCUCCUUCUCGCCGACCAAGGUAAUUUCACCUAUCCCGACGAAUGGAAUGUGCAAAACUUUGGCAGCAACUCCUCUAUCCGCGUCAUCGUUAAUAACCCUACCCCCGCCGCCCAUCCCAUGCAUCUCCACGGUCACAACAUGCAAAUUCUGCACGAAGGUCCCGGAAACUGGGACGGUGUAUCCAUCACGCGACAAAGCAACCCUCAACGAAGAGACGUGCAACUCGUACGACCCAACGGCCAUUUGGUAUGGCAAAUCACGACGGAUAAUCCGGGAGUCUGGCCGUUCCACUGUCAUAUCGCGUGGCAUGUGAGUGGAGGAUUGUAUGCGAAUAUUCUGGAGCACCCGCAGGAUAUCAAGAAUAAUAUGUUGAUUCCGAAGGAGCUGGCGCAGACGUGUACGCAGUGGAAUGCGUAUGCUAAUCACGCGGUGGUGGAAGAAAUUGAUUCGGGCGUUUAA